GGAGACGUCUCCCGUAUCAGUCGAGGAGGAUAUAAUUUACAGGAGGCACUUGGCUGGCCUGUCUCUGAAUAUGAAGAAACUCGUGCUUUUGUUUCACAACUAGCCCGUGAAUAUCUAAAAGCCAACAAGUCCUGGAAGCUCCAAGCACAGCCCAGAUUAGCCAUUGUGUAUGCAGAGGCGCAGAAACAAUAUCCUAUCCUUGAACGUUAUGAUGGAAGUUGGGUUGUUGGCGAUAUGCUCUGUAUAUAUUUGAAAAAUAGUUGUAGCCAUGAUACUUAG